AUGUCUUGGAGACCUACUGGUUUUUUUGAGGAUCCGAGCGGCAUUGUUUUUAGUGGGUUUCCACGUUGCUAUACAGAGGAACAUAUCGCAGAUGUCAUGGAGUCUUUUGGACCCUUAAAAGCUUUCUGUUUGCGAAUAGACAGUGAAACUGGAAACCCAACUGGAUAUGGAUUAUGUGUUUAUCAAGAUCCUUCAGUAACAGAUAUUGCAUGUGCUGCUCUAAACGGGGCAAAGUUUGGCGAUAGCGUUAACACGCUUGCGGUAAGUCGUACGGUUAAUCUUGGGAAUCGACCUAAAACGGAGCAACUUGAGGUUUUAGAGCACUGUGUUUUUGUUGGUGAGCUUCCUUGUUACUUAACAGAGGCAGAUAUCAUGGAUCUCUUGGAGUCUUUUGGGCCCCUAAGAGGAUUCAACUUGGUUAAAGAAAGAGAAACAGGAAACUCCAAGGGAUAUGCAUUAUGUGUUUACCAAGAUCCUUCAGUAACAGAUAUUGCAUGUGCUGCUCAAAACGGGAUUAAGACUGGUGAUAAAACGCUUGCGGUUAGGCGUGCCGUCGAUUCCGAGCAAGAACUUCAAAUUGCUUUGCAGAGGCUUGCGAUAUAA